CACCGGCGGAAAGUAGUGCCCACCUAUCCUCUCUUCUGCCUGGACGAGUUGGCGGGCAUGGCGCUGCUGAGUGCUGGCAAGUGUGUACUUUAAUAAAAUAUAAUCGCGUGCCGUACAACGGUUCUUCUCAUUCCUCGUCUGGCCAGCAGGGGUAGCUGUAAAACUAAUCUGAUAGCCGGGUAGUUGGCAGUUCGUUGUCAACGGUCGAACGGUUGUGUUGCCUCCUUUCAGUACGGAUAUUGCUGAUUGUUUGAUAUAAGAUCCCAAGUUCCAGGUGGAGAGCUUAAAGAUUGGGGAUCGGGAACAUCAUCAUGGCCCCACGGAUGACGAUGGAACGACGAGUUUUGUGGGCGGGAGUGGUUCUGCUGAGUGGUCUCGCGUGGGUAAACUGCGAGAUGCGAAAAUCCUGGAAAGUGAAAAGUAGUAAUUUUGAAGACAAUUUGCAGGCGGCUGUAUUGACGCCUCCAGAACCGGUAGAAGUUAAACAAGUUCUAGCGAAGAUGCCGAGGUUUGAACAGGAUCCAAUAAAACCAGAUGGUCAACAGGAAGAAAACGUCAUACAGGCAUUAGAAAAGGAAAGUGAAGCACCGAAACAAGAUGAAUUACCAACGGUUUCUGAGAAGACGACGGUAAAGAGUGUUCUACUCAAAAGCAGAUUGCGAAGUACGUAUGUGGCAAACAGAAGUCCUUCGGUGUAUGAUUCAGUUCGGGAAAGUAUCAAAGCCGCUCCGUUUAUAGAAGACCACGAAUCGGAUAUUCAGAUUGAUGAUUUUUCUGCGGAUGAAAUCGACGAGGAUGAGUUCGACGUGGAAGACAAUCAGCUCGAACAGCAAGAAGAGGAAAAAUACGAAGAAGGAUAUAAAAUGAUCGAAAAUAUCCUGGAUGAGGUCAAGAGCUCAGCUUCGAUGCAGAAAUCCGAUAACCACGAAGAAUUACGUGAUCAAGAAGAGUCAUUAACAGAAGAAAAAGUUAAGGAGUAUGACUUUGGACCGAUGCUAAAUAUGACGAUAGACGAACCGAAUAAUAUUGUGAACGUGAAAUUGAACGAGCACGUUCUGAAGGAAAUCUUCACAGGUCGUCAGAUUGGCGGCGGUACCAAGAAGCUGUGGAAAUACGCCAUGCCACUGUUCAUACUUCCGUUCCUGAUUCAGUCAGCGAUAAUCCCUUUCAUGCUAACAACGGUGAAAUUGUUCCUGUUCAAAUCAUUCAUGGCCGGAAAGUUGGCCAUCUUCCUAUUGCUGUUGGGAGCGUUCAAGAACUUCACCAACAAGAAAGAGAAGGAGGUGUACGUGAAAGAUUUGCCAGAGCGAAGGUACGAGCCGUACAACGAGUGGCCAUAUCCGUAUCAUUCGGAGGGUGGGAGGCCUGGAUGGAACAACUGAUGACUAGGAGGGGCCGGUGGAGUUCGGGGCGGUGAUGGGAUAAGGGGAGCACUCAUCCGAUACGAUGACAAAUAAAUCGAUCCAAAUGAUGAUAGCUUGUAAGAUAUAUUUAUUAAUAUUUUGUUUAUAUAAGUCAUUUGUUGAUAGAAGAUUAUUUAUUUUAUAAAUAAAUUUCAUUUAGUACUGUAUAAAUCCUUUUCAGAU